AGUCAAACAAAUUUUCUUUUAGAAAAUUCCAAAUAUGGCGAUGCAAUGCAGAUAAGUUUCAUUUAAUGACAUCAUUCAACGGAAGUGAAGUUACCAUUUUCCGUAGGUUUACACGCCUCGCUUCGACAUAAAGAGGUCCACGUAUAUUUACUUUACUUUUACAAGAUAAAUUUUUAUAAAGGAAUGGAGUAUUCUUUGAAGUACACAUUUGCUGCAUUGCCUCGUACUACAAGAGGCAGAAGACUCUGCCUUAAAGGGGAUCCAAAGGGAAAAUACAUGUUGUAUUCUCAUAAUAAAGGAGUCAUAAUUAGGGAUAUUGAGAAUCCAAUGAUAGCUGAUGUUUACACAGAGCAUGCUUAUGAGGUGUUUUCAGCAUGCUAUGCACCAAGUGGUUUCUACAUUUGUUCUGGAGAUGCAUCUGGAAAAAUAAGGAUUUGGGAUACAACACAAAAGGAACAUCCUUUGAAAUCUGAGUACCAACCCAUUGGUGGUGAUAAAGACAUUGCCUGGUCGCCAGAUAGUAAAAGACUAGUUGUUGGUGGCGAUGGUAGAGGAAAAUAUGCUCAUGCAUUUCUUGUUGAUACUGGAUCAAGUGUUGGUGAUAUGUCUGGUCAUGGUAAACUGGUUAAUACUGUUGACUACAAGAUCACACGACCGUUCCGUGUUGUUACUUCAAGUGAGGAUUUCAGCUCUAACUUUUAUGAAGGACCUCCUUUUAAACUCAAAGUUACAAAUAAGGAUCAUGCAAACUUUGUUAAUGUUGCACGAUUUUCUCCAAAUGGCGAGAAUUACAUAACAGGAUCAAGUAAUGGAAAGCUUAUCAUGUACAAUGGGAAAAAUGGUGAGCUUAUCAAGGAGAUUGGAAAUCCAGCUCACCAAGGAGGAGUUUAUGAUUUGUGCUGGAGUGCAGAUAACAAGCAUAUUCUCACUGCAUCAGGAGAUAAAACAGCUAAGAUAUUUGAUGUACAUGAAAAUACUUGUGUCCAAGAGUUCACAUUUGGAACAGAUGUUCUUCAUCAACAAUUAGCUUGUCUAUGGACCGGUGAUCACUUAUUAACUAUUGAAUUGUCUGGUUACAUAAACUACUUAGACAAAGAGAAUCCUAGUCAACCCAAGAAGAUUUUAAAGGGUCACAAUAAAAACAUCACUGCUCUUGCCAUUUCUGAAGAUAAAAAGCAUAUUUACACAUCAAGUUAUGAUGGACAGAUUUACUUCUGGGAUGUAAGCACUGGUUUGUGUGAACCUUUGUCUGGCAAGCAUCACUCCAAUCAAGUUUCCAAAAUUUGUAUUUCUGAUUCUCUUCUCUACUCUAUCAGUAUGGAUGACACGUUCAGAGCUACAUCAACUGAAACAAAUGAAUACAGUGGAGAAAGUGUAUCUUUAGACAGUCAACCAUUGGAUUUAGCUGUGGGCAAGGAUGGUUUAGCAGUGAUUAUUUGCUUGGAAAAAAAGGCUCUUGUUAUACAAAAUGGAAAGAAAGUAUCAAGUAAGACAUUUGAUUUCCAGCCUUCAUCAAUAGAUAUUCAUCCAAAUCUUACUGAAGUUGCGGUUGGCAAUCAGGAGGCAACAGAUGUGUACAUCUAUAGUUUUGAUUCUGAUACAGUUGGUGAACUGAAGCAAACAAUCAGUGGAAUAACUCGUGAGCCUGCAGUGCUCAAAUAUUCUCCGGAAGGUGCAUAUAUUGGCAUUGGUACAUCUGGAAGAGAUGUCUGUGUUUACAAUACCACAGAUUAUAAGGAAAAAUCGCGAGGAUGGAGUGGUCAUUCAGGUCGUGUUACUUCACUCUCAUGGACUUCUGACUCACGAUAUCUGGCUUCAGGUUCUUUAGACUCAAAUGUUUUUAUCUGGAGUUUGGAGAAACUAGAAAAACUAAACAUUAAAGCUGCACAUCGUCUCAGUAACAUUGUUGGUAUUCAAUGGUUAAAUGAUAACCAACUGGUGACUACAGCCCAUGACUGCUCUGUUAAGAUCUGGGACAUUGUUUUGCCUUGAAUGAAAUAGCUUUUUAAUUUCAGGUAAAUUGCACCAUGAUCAUUGAAAAUUAGUAUUAGUUUUUUAAGUGGACUUACUCUGCUUAUACAAAGAGAAAAUGUAGAGUGAGUGAAUGUGUGUUUGUACAUUGGAUAUUAUCAUUAUUGUAAUUCAAUAUAGUUUUUGAUUGGUAGUA